GCGUUUUCGACACCUGCGACUCACUUGUCAACGGCUUGCCAGGCAAAAAAACAAAAACAAAACAAAAACAACAAAAGACAGAAACCAAGUUAUGGCAGACAUGCCACGGUACUCUUGCAUGACAACUUAGUUCACAUGCCGUUGCUGCGGCCGUCGAUAUGACACAUUUAAAGGAAGAAAAGUGCCAACAAAUGUCAGCUGAACUUGUAAAAACCGCCGUCACACUCCAGUCUGCAGAAGGCAGCUGGAGCCUCCAGCACGUUAGUGGGGACCUGUUCUCCUGUCCAGAAGAUGAGGCUUUGGCACACUGUAUCAGCGAGGACUGUCGCAUGGGGGCAGGCAUCGCCGUCAUGUUCAAGAAAAAGUUCGGUGGCGUAGAGGAACUCAAGGAACAGAAGAAGACACCGGGACAGUGCGCUGUGCUAAAAAGAGGCAGGCGUUUUGUGUACUAUCUGAUCACAAAGGAAAGGGCCAGCCACAAACCCACUUAUGGAAGACUCAGACAGAGCUUAGAAGACAUGAAAUCGCACUGCAUGUCGAAUGGCGUUACCAGAAUAUCAAUGCCUCGAAUUGGCUGUGGCCUUGAUCGGCUGAAGUGGGAACAAGUGUCAGAGAUACUGGAGGACGUUUUCCAACACACCGAUAUCAGUAUGACAGUCUAUAGCCUCCCUGAGAAAGCAGAGACCACCGUGAUGAAACAGAACCAGCGCAAAUGACCGGAUGAAAUGUGCAUUAUGCUGUAAAGAUACUCAUUGUAUACAAGGAAACUCUUAAGUCGUUCUUUCAGAUUUCUACAAUCCGUUGGAAAUUGUAUGCUUUUUCGUUUUUGUAUGAAUAUCUUUGAAAAUAAAUGUCUUGCACAAAUACAACUGAACAUGUGGGCAGCACUUUUGAAGGUAGAUGAUGCAUCCAAUCUGAUUUUAUUGUCUAUUGCUUGUAUCAUCAGCAGGUCAUGUCCCUCAACAUCAAUGGUUUUCUAUUUUUAGGCCGGUUGAGUAUUGAGGUUGUGUAGCUAACAUUGUUCUGCUUCUUACUUUAACAUUUUUUUUGUUGUCAUUAAUAAACGCUGGU